AUGCGGAGGAUUCACACACUUCAGUCCGACCCCGGUCCGGUCGUACGGUCGAUAACGGUCAGUACGGUCACUAACGGCCAGUUUACGGCUCACAGUCACCGCGACAGACAAACAGAGACAGAGACAGAGAGACAGACAGGAUGGACAGAGUGCUUCUUCAGCGUUCACCGUCAGCCUCGUGCUUCUUCUGACUCAGGUGACCUGCGGCUCGGUGCAGACGGAGAGAGUCCCAGCGCACAGAUUCUCGGCUUCGACUGGAAGAACUGUGGGAAGCCCGACGACCCGGCUGCCAUCAAGUCUCUGAGCCUGUCUCCAGAUCCCAUCAGCAUCCCGGGAGACCUGACGGCCUCGGCCUCCGGGUCCACGUCCGUGGAGCUGAGCGCGCCGCUGUCCGUGAACGUGACCCUGGAGAAGGAGGUGGCAGGUUUCUGGGUGAAGAUUCCCUGCGUGGACGAGUUGGGCAGUUGUCACUAUACGGACGUUUGUGACAUUCUGGACCAGCUGAUCCCUCCGGGUCAGGACUGUCCAGAACCGCUGCACACAUACGGACUGCCCUGCCACUGCCCCUUCAAAGCCGGUUCGUACUCUCUGCCUCAGUCGGACUUCUACCUGCCCGACAUGGAUGUGCCGUACUGGCUGACUAACGGCGACUACCGUGUGCAGGGCGUGCUGGGCAGCCAGGGCAAAGAGCUGGGCUGCCUCAAAGUUGCUCUGUCGCUUCACUCCAGCUAAAAACCGACACCCAAAAAAAUCAGUCGGGAGGUUUCAGGUUAUUUUUCUUUAUUUGCACACAAAACUGGAAAUUGGGAAUCAAAAGCAGAAGUUGCACAAAAAAAAAAAUAACGAUAAGAAAGACAAGAUGAACGUCUGCUUUACGAGACAAAGACACUUCGAGAUUUGAUUCAGAUUAUCAGAAAAAUGACAUAAUCCAAAUAUCUUUCUUUCCCUCAGUCAUGCAUUCAGCUGUGAUCUUAAAGUCUUCUUCAAUCUCUGUUUCUGCACGGCUCCAUUUGAAAGAGCUUUUUUUUUUUUUUUAAAGAAACCCGGGGCUUCCGAUUUUCUCACCAUCAGCAGCUCGUGGUUUAGCCGUGUGUUUUUUAUACAUGGCUCAGUUUCAUGUGACCGCUCUGAGAAAACAGGAAGAGCAUUGAGAGCUGCUCUCAGCAGGUUCUGAUUCACACAGAAACAUUCGAAACCUGAAUUCUUCCUGCGAAAACAGACAACAAACUGUUUUACCGUCUCCCAAGCUUUGCUGUCUUCUCUGCAAGCAGCUGUUCAGGGAAGGCUUCGGAUUUGAACCCACAACUGCUGAUAUUUAGGCUGAACCCAAACGUCCAGACAGCGACGCCCUUUCCGGACUCGUAGAGUAGUGAGGGCUGUGCAGCACCUCAGUUCAUCCACGUGCACCCUGCGUGGACUUUCUGCAGACUUCCAGAAAGUCCACGUGGGGCGCAGACUUCAGACUGAUUUCACUUCCCAGAAUUUAUCCUAAUCCGGACGCGACUGUAGUUUUUUCCAACUGACGACUAAAAACGCCAAAAUAACUUUAUCUUUCAGAAACUUGACUGUUCCAAACAGAUCUGAGGCCUGUUUGUCAGCAGCUCGCAGCUUUCCAGACUCCACGUGACGACAUCUGGGAAGUCGACUUAAAGUACGGCAGCCUGCUGGACUGGAAAACGUUCCGUCUAGAUGAAUUGUUACAUAUGAUAGUUUUCCAGGUUUCUAAAAUAAAAAGUGUUUAAAUAUUAAAAGCUAAAGUAGAAACUGUCAGUUCAGAGAAUGACGAGAGCCGACGGAACAAAAGACAUUUUUAAAAACAUGUUUUUACUUUGGGAGCUCAAACUGAUUUAAUCUUGUCAUUUUUAUCCUGAUGUCCAGCCGUGCAGACCAUCAGAUCCAUCGUCACAGAGUCCGAGUUUUUAAAUUAAAGGGAGAUGGUUUCAAUUAUUUUAUGAUUCUAUUCAUUUGUUUGGGGAAGUUUGAUGUCACGGUAGGACGAGGAGAGGACGUGCCAAAUUAUAUUUCAUAUCCGCUCAAGUCCGAUCUGACGUCAGAAGACUUUGAAUGAAAAGCUUUUGGAUAAAUUUGGUUGUUACAGUUUAAUGAAUUUAUUGUUUUUAAAUCGCUUCAAACCUUCUCAUGUACUUUUUAUUCUUUUAAUCGUUUCUUUAAAAACUGGAACUGAUCGUAGCAGAAAUGUCUUUUUUAUUUGUACUUGUUGAUUUUGAUUAAAGUGCCUGAUCAGAGGGAAGAACUUGAUCUACAAAUGAAAGUUUAUUUUAGUUAAUUUUGAUUUUACUGAAUUUGUUUUCUACAGAGUCAUGCUUGUGAUUAUUUCCACAGUGUACAGUUUCUAAUAAAGAUGAUCCCAGAAA